AUGACAGUCACCCAAAGGCGUAAUCGCGCCGACCCCGAUAAAUCGGAUACGAGAUUACCAGCCGAACCAGGAAUCAAAUAUACUUGUGAUUUUUGUUCUUCUGAUAUCACUCAUACGGUUCGGAUACAUUGUGCAGCUCUAGAAUGUGAGGAAGUGGAUCUAUGUGUUUCAUGUUUCCUUGAAGGAAGGGAAGGUUUGAGACAUAAGAAUGAUCAUCCUUAUAAGAUUGUCGAACAACAUGCUUAUCCGAUAUUCACAGAGGAUUGGGGAGCGGAUGAAGAGCUAUUGUUGAUCAGUGGAUUGAUAACCAAUGGGUUAGGGAAUUGGGCCGAGGUUGCGGCUCAUGUGGGGACUAGAACGAAGGAAGAAUGUGAGAAACAUUAUUGGACUGUGUAUCUUGGAGUUGGUGAGGAUGGGAGAGAUUUACAUGAUGGUUGGAGAGACGAAGGAGUGGAUAUGGAGAUAGAGCAAGAAGAAGGACCUAAGAGGAAGAAGAGGAGAAGAGAGUUUAUGCCUCCCAUGGAUAGGACAUUUGAUAUUGACCCCGAUGUAUUUUUAGCUAGAAAGAAGGAGAGAAUAGAGGAGCUUCGGAAACCACAUGCUAUCCCAGCAGGAACAAACCUUGCACCUAUGGUAUCUGCCCCGACCAAUCAUGAAAUAGCAGGUUAUAUGCCCGGUCGGCUGGAAUUCGAACAUGAGUUGGAGAACGACGCGGAGAUGGUAGUGAAGGAUAUGGAAUUUGGUCUGGUGUUCAAAUACGGAGGGGAUGAACAACCAGCAGCCAAGAUCACCCGACUGCCCGAUGCGGAAGACCAAGGGGGCGAAGGACAGCAUACAGGUUUGAAACAACAUGGAGAAAGUGAGGUGCAAGUCAAGCAAGAACCUCCGGACGAGAUACAAUCAGAGUCAGUAGUCGACGAUGUGGAGGAUGAAGAUGAAUUGGAGGUUAAAUUGGCUUUAUUGAAUAUAUAUUUCUCUAAAUUGGACAAGAGAGAAGAAGCCAAGGACUUUAUCUUUACUCGGGGAUUAACAGAACAUAAGAAGAUCCAAGCUCAAGAGAGAAAGAGACCGAAAGAUGAACGUGAAUUGGUACAGAGAUAUAAAGCAUUUGCUAAAAUGCAAACCUCUCAAGAUUAUGAAUUGUUCAUCGAAGGUCUUCUCUUCGAACAUCUAUUACGUAAACGAAUAGCAGAAUUACAAGAGUAUCGUCGAAUGGGAAUAACCACAGCUCUCGAAGCUGAAGCGUACGAUAGUGCUAAAGCCGCACGAGCAGGUUAUCGACCUUUAGCUCCUCGUCAAGACGUUUUAUCCCUGCCCACUGGAGCUCGGAUCAACGCAGGUCAACAUAGAUUUUUACACGGUACACCACCACCUGGGGUCGAUCCAUUGAAAAGAGGUCCUCAACUUGAUCACACAAGAGGUCCACCAGGGAAUGUAAGAAGAAGUGCUCCGUUGAAUUUAGCCAAUGCCGCUUCGUUGGAUUUGUUAUCGACAGAAGAACAGAGCUUGUGUUCGAGUUUGAGAGUAUUACCUAAGCCUUAUUUGACGAUAAAGGAGAUGUAUAUACGGGAGAACGAGAGACGGAAGGGUCAAUUAAAGCGACGGGAUGCCAGACGGAUGAUGAAAAUUGACGUCAAUAAAUCUGGAAGAAUAUUUGAUUUCCUAGUUUCAUCCGGUAUGCUCAUCUUGGCGUAUGACCCUUCCAAGCGAAACUUACGAGCGAGGGUGGAAGCUGUGAACGGGUUAUCUUGGGGUGAUGAAGUAAAGAGGGAUGAUGUGAUUAUUGGUGAGAUUUUAAAUGGGGAAGCUGGUUGA